GCGCGAGCCUCAAUUCUGUUUCAUUACAAAUUCCCAUCAAAACCACCAUUGUAUGGCCUGAGCAGGCACUCUUCUCUGGGACCAAAAUCAGCCAAGAAAAGGCGGCGUAUCUAUGAACUGCGUCUGGUAGGCAUCGCCUCGCUAGCACCCGGACCCCGAAUAAUUCGUCUCGAUUGUUGGCCGAGUCUAGGGCAUUUAAUGCCUGAGGCAAGAGAAACAAGCGAGUCAUGCCUGGCGUUGUGCGGCCACGAUUAA